AUGCCUGAGAUGGAGGAGGCACCCCUCAAGGCCCCCAAGACCAUCGAGCACGCUGCAGGUCUCCGGCUCGGGCGCGGGUCAGGGCGCCUGUCUCACUUCCGCCGGACGUCGGGAGGGAAGGCGCGCGGGACGCGGCUCGGCGCUGGUCGGAUGGCGGCGGACGCGGGCGGCGGGCACAGGCUGAGGCUGCGGCGCCGGAGGCCGCCCCCGGUGGCCGGGCCCCCCAGCGCCCGCCCCUGGUUCCUGCAGGAGGCCGACGGCGGGAACGCGGAGCCCUGGGCCGCGCUGCUGCGCGCCCUGCGCCCCGACAAGGACCUGGCCUCGCCGCCCGCCUUCCCGCGCCAGGAGCCCAAGCGCAGCCCCGAAAAAGCGCCCCCCUCCGAGGUUUUCACUGUUGGAGGCAAGGCCUUUACCUGGACUCCCUUUCCACAGCCCCCGCCAAGGCGCAGUGCCCUCGUCUACUGCCCGCCCCAGGAGGCUGUGCAGCGCCCGGGGUCCCACGCCAGGUCUCCAUCCCAGUGUCACCAAUCUGAGAUAGAGCCCCUUCGGACCCUCAGCACCGAGAAGCUGCUGCCGUCGGCAGUGCAGACUGGGCUGCCAUCUGUAGAGGAGAAGCCACCACCAUCGGUGGCAGAGGAGAAACCACCACCAUCGGUGGCAGAGGAGAAACCACCAUCGGUGGCAGAGAAUCCACUGACUCUCACUAGCUGCCCCAUGUGCUUGACAGAGUUCGGCACCACGCUAUCCCAGCUGGACGUCGAUGGCCACCUGGCUCAGUGCUUGGCAGAUAGCACCGACGAUGUGAUGUGGUGA